CGGCUGUUGUUGCGGUAGCUUCCGCUAUUCUUAAAGGGACGGGUUGAUGAUAGAUAGCUUAGCUUGCUAGCAACCAAGCUACCAAAAUGUCAAGCUAUGCCAGAGUAAUUCAUUAUGCGACUAGUGUAUUAUGUAGCAACAAAGGAUCCAUGGUCCUCCUACAGUUGCACCGAAAGGUGCUACAGCGUUUCGACAUUACCGAGGACGACUUUUGGUACAUCGUGAAGAAGUGCCCUCGAUUCCUUGUGGUUAGGAACAUCGAGCAGACAGACGAAUGGGGGACGGACUGUACUAUUGUCGCAAAAACGUCUCUGAGACUCUGCAGAAAUUAUACAAAACAAGAAUGCCCAAAUUGCCCAGAACUUCACCUGUGCAAAUAUUUUGUUUAUGGGAACUGCAGAUACGGGAAAGGCAGGAAGCCUUGUAAGUUCUCUCAUGACGUGCGUUCGGAGCAUAACUACCCCCUCCUGAGAGAGUGCACCCUGCACGAGCUGCAUGAAGAAGAACUUUUCCUGCUACUACUGCAAAAUGACCCCACCCUGUUGCCUGAGGUGUGCUCUCACUACAACAAGGGGUCUGGUCCGCAUGGUGCCUGCACCUUCAGAGGCAGCUGCACUAAGGUGCACAUGUGUAUGCACUUUGUGCAAGGCGACUGCAUGUUUGGGCACAAGUGUAAACGCCAACACGUCAUCGACCAACAUGGCCGCCGCAUGCUGGAAGAGAGGGGCCUCAGUGGUGACAUUGUCCACGACCUGCCUUUCAUCUACCAGAACAUCUACCAACUCACUACACCUGCACCCCAGGUCCCAAGAGAGCGUAUAGCUGAGAUCCCCAGACCUGUAAUCCGAACAGGAGAGGAGAAGACUGAAAUCUGCCUUCACUUCAUCCGUAGAAACUGUCGGUUUCAGGACCAAUGUAUCCGCGUGCACUUCAACUUGCCUUAUAAGUGGGAGGUGUUCGACGGUACUUGCUGGAGGGACCUGAGACGCAUGGAGGACAUCGAGAGAGCCUACUGUGACCCCCGCAACACUCACAGUCUGGGUUCUCGGCCAGUGGACUUCCUGACCAUGACUAGGGAGUCGGAACCUGUGCGGCGUCAAUCUACGGUUUCCACGGUGAUGAAGCCGGCGCACUACAUCCUUACCACGGAGUGGCGGUGGUUCUACAAGGGUGACCAUGAAAACUGGAUUGAGUACGGACGACCUGACGAUAAGCAGCGUGUGACAUCAGUCUCGUCCCGGGAUCUGGAAGAGGCUUACCUGGCAGAUAGCUCGGCCGAGGUCACUGUCAUGAAAGGCCACCGACAAUACUAUCUUAGUUUCCAAGACAUGUACCAGAGGAACCCCAAACACAACACUAAGAGGAGGGUUCGCCGCCGCCCUCGCUUCGUCUCUGUCACCGAGGUGGAGAACAAGACGGCGCGGUAGAGGGAGGGCAAGCACGAUGGAUGGACAGAAAAAGGGAAGAAUAGAUAGAUCUGUUACUGGAUUAAUGAAUGACUGCCUUCACUUUGGCUGCUGAAUAUGGAUGAGUUGGUGAGAGUGACAGUCACCCCACUAAUUGUCUAUUCACCCAAAUCUGAAUCUGCACUCACUCACACAACUGUGCCAAUUGACUUUAACCGCUUUGUUGAGAUCAGAUUGUCUGUUCAGGAGGCAACCUAUACCAUUCGAAGAGUCAGUGACAUAUUUGGUUCUGUAUCAUAAAAUAUACAAUGGGUAGCUGUAAUCUGUAGAUUUGUGGUGCAGCGUUAAUUUAUAUUAAGCUAAAGAUCUAUGAUUAGCUUCAAGGAUACUAUGUCUGUGUGAGGAUACCUCAAUAAAAAUGUUAAAUACAUCUCUA